GGUCGCGUGACGUCUCUUCUGCAAGCAUAAAGCUGUUGUUAGCUAAUGUGGGAGCUCUAAAAAAAAUGGAGGGCUUUAGACGGCUAGUAAAGUAUUUUUUAUCCCUAUCUUCAGUAUGGAACGUCGGUCAUUUCAAGGACAGUGGGAUGCUCUUUCCUCGAGAGUCGUCGUCGCGAGAGAUCAAAGAGCUGAAUGGACUAUGGAACUUCAGGGCCGACCUCUCGCUCAACAGGAACUUGGGCUUUGAACAAGCAUGGUACAAAAGUCGCCUUGCAGAGAGUGGUCCAGUGAUUGACAUGCCAGUGCCCGCCAGCUACAAUGACAUCACCCAGGACCCACGGCUGAGGGAUUUCAUUGGCUGGGUGUGGUACGAGAGAGAAGUGUUGGUACCCUCUGGAUGGGUGUCUGAGGGAACCAGAGUUGUGCUGAGAGUUGGGAGUGCACACUACUACUCAGUGGUCUGGGUGAAUGGGAUCAAAGUGAUGGAGCACGAGGGCGGCCAUCUUCCCUUUGAGGCUGAGAUAGUGGAGGUCCUCCGUAACAACCUAGGUGGGGCCUGCAGGAUCACCAUAGCUGUCAACAACACCCUGACUCUCCAAACCCUGCCCCCAGGGACUAUCCAACAUAUAGACGACCCCACCAGGUAUCCUGCUGACUAUGUUGUGCAAAACACAAACUUUGACUUCUUCAACUAUGCUGGUUUACAUCGGCCUGUAAUGUUGUAUACCACUCCUAAGGCGUAUGUGGAUGACAUCACAGUGCUGACAACCUUUGUUGACAACAUUGGUCUGCUCUCCUACCAGGUGUCGGUGCUGGGCAGUCCCAACCCCACGGUGACGGUGACUCUCUCAGACAAAGAUGGCCGUUGUGUGGCCUCUUCCACUGGACCCUCUGGGGUCCUCAAAGUAACGGACGCCAACCUGUGGUGGCCGUAUCUAAUGCAUGAGAAUCCAGGUUAUCUGUAUUCUAUGGGGGUUCACAUGACAACAAGUGGUGAGGGUUCUGUCUAUGAGGAUGUGUAUGCUCUGCCUGUGGGCAUCCGCACUGUGCAGGUCACCAACACACAAUUCCUCAUCAACAACAAACCCUUCUAUUUCCAUGGAGUCAACAAACAUGAGGAUGCUGAUAUCCGAGGCAAAGGCCUGGACUGGCCGCUGAUGGUGAAGGAUUUCAACCUGUUGAAGUGGCUGGGUGCCAACUCGUUCAGGACCAGCCACUACCCCUACGCUGAGGAGAUAUUGCAGAUGGCAGACCGCCAUGGCAUCGUGGUCAUCGACGAGUGUCCCGGGGUGGGCAUCAAAGAUAUCCGUAGUUUUGGGAAUGCCUCCCUGUCGCAUCACCUGGCGGUCAUGGAUGAACUGGUGAGGAGGGACAAGAACCACGCCUCCGUGGUCAUGUGGUCUGUAGCCAAUGAGCCGGCCGCUGAGAUGCCCCCUGCUGGAUUCUAUUUCAAGACACUGAUAGCGCAUACCAAAUCUCUGGACCCAACUCGACCUGUCACCUUUAUCACAGACAGUAACUUUGCCAGGGACAAAGGGGCUCCCUAUGUGGAUGUGAUCUGUGUUAACAGUUACUUCUCCUGGUACCACGACCCAGGUCACCUGGAGGUCAUCCCCUUCCAGCUCAACACCCAGUUUGAGAACUGGUACGGGAAGUACCAGAAACCCAUCAUCCAGAGUGAAUAUGGAGCCGACGUGGUUCCAGGACUACACACGGAUCCUCCCAUGAUGUUUACUGAGGAGUACCAGAAGAUGGUCUUACAGAACUACCAUGAUGUGUUUGACCAAAAGAGGAAGGAGUAUGUCAUUGGAGAGCUCAUCUGGAACUUUGCUGACUUCAUGACAGCACAAACGGUGACCCGUGUGGUGGGCAACAAGAAGGGCAUCUUCAGUCGGCACAGACACCCCAAAGCUGGCGCCUUCCUCCUGAGAGAGAGGUACUGGAGGCUAGCCAAUGAGACGGGCCUACUGCCCUUCUGAGCUAGGUACCCCUGAUGCACCUGGGUCGUAUUCAUUAGUGCAAAUACCCUCACUUCGUAACAAAACAUUUUAGCUAUUGGACAAGUCCAGGUAGUCCUUCUGUUUUGUUCUGUUUGGUACCUAAUGAACACAACCCUGUAUGGGGGACAAACCCACGACUCAGAACCGUGUCUUAUGACAACUACAAUGCUCAGAAGACCACAUCAGAUUAUUACCAGAACCAACCUCACUGGAUCUUGGCUGAGUAUUUGUCUUCCUCUGUUUUUAAUUCAGGAAUCAACCCCAUUUUAUGCAUGAAUGUAAAUCAUGAUGAUGUUCUGUGUCAAAUGAAUGGGAAUGUGAUGUAUGAAAAAUGUAUGUGGAUUUUUCUUAGAAUGCUUGCUGGCUCAAUGUUAAGACUUCACCCAUUUGACUUUUUCCAGAUUGUUGUUACAGCCUGAAUUUAAAAUGGAUUCAAUUUAGUUUUUUUCACUGGCCUUGACACAAUAACCCAUAAUGUCAAAGUG